AUGUCACGAGCAAGCAAUACCGGAAAUUUAAUGGAUACGGAGCCUGGUGGAGAACAGACGCAGUAUGAGGGAACGAGUACGUUUAUGAAACCACAUGAGAAGUCAAGGGGGUCAUUUGGUGAUUGGGAUAUUUUUCCCGUUGCAGUUGGCGGAUGUUUCAAUUCUGAUUUCCCACGUGUCAUAGAAACUUCUAGCGCCACGGAGGAUUUUCAGAAAGCGGAGGAUAAAAAUAAUGCGGCGAACGGCGGCGGGGAUGGUGGAGAGAGGAUGAUGGGGGGUGAGCAAGGUUAUGCGGGCCAGACUGUUGGAAACCAAGGAGAAGCUGCUAAAGGGGCGGGGUAUGGCAAGGUUGAGGAUCGUGGAGAGGGGAAGACGGAGGGAGCGGCGAAGACGAGGAGAGAGCAGGGCUAUGGGCCUGGGAGUGGUGUUGGUGCUUGA